CCCCUCUUUCGAGUUUCGGAGUUGGGACGAAAGGGUGUCGACGGAACAAGGAUCGAGAGAGGCGGAAGGCGAACGGCGGGACGAUGGCGCCGGUGCCGGCAAGCGUGGCAAGGCAGGCGGAGCUCCUGAAGCAAGACGGCAACAGCUACUUCAAGAAGGAACGCCUCGGCGCCGCCAUCGACGCCUACACCGAGGCUAUUACCUUGUGCCCUAAUGUGGCGGUUUAUUGGACGAACCGAGCGCUAUGCUACCGGAAGCGGAAUGAGUGGAAUAAGGUUGAAGAGGACUGUAAAAGAGCUCUUCAGCUGGAUAGUCAUUCGGUUAAGGCACACUAUAUGUUGGGGCUUGCGUUGUUGGAGUGGCAAGAUUUUGCUGGGGGAAUCAAGGAAUUGGAGAAGGCACUGGAACUUGGAAGGGGUGCAAAUCCUGCGAGCUACAUGGUCGAGGAGAUCUGGCAGAUUCUUGCCAAAGCAAAGUACAUGGAAUGGGAGGAUUCGUCUAGCAAGCGGGCAUCAAGACUGCAGAAAUUGAAGGAAGCAUGUGAAAGAGCUCUUAUACAUUAUUAUGCAAUUGAGGACUCUCAAGUGGAAAAUAUCUCUGAAGAAAUUGCAAAUGGACACUUGCAACAGUUGGGACAUCUUGAAGAGGUAUUUAACAAAGCUGCACAGGCUGACCAACCUACAGAGGUGCCUGAUUUCCUAUGCUGUAAAAUUACACUUGAUAUAUUCCGGGAUCCCGUGAUCACUCCAAGUGGCAUUACCUACGAGAGGGCUGUGCUUCUUGAUCAUCUUCAGAAGGUGGGGAAGUUUGAUCCGGUAACAAGGGAGCCACUUGAUCCACACCAGUUGGCACCAAACCUUGCUAUCAAAGAAGCUGUUCAAGCAUUUCUAGAUGAACAUGGUUGGGCUUACAAGAUGAGCUGAUCCAAGAUGUUUUGCUCCAGCCAUUAAAAUUCGUCUGAUCAAAGAGAGUAGAGUAUGUUGUACACUCCGUAAUUAAUUUUGUUGUUCCCUUGGCUCUUCUAACCAUCAUGCAGGAAGCUCUGGAACAGUGUACAUAUAAAUCAUUUUAACUUCUUUUGUACAGUCUGAUUAGAGUUCUAUAUGAAUCUCAUCCCCCGGAAACUGUAUUCAUGCACAGCGACAGACAACUAAAGCUUUGGAUUUAUGAUGGAAGUGUUUGA